AUGCAGUCUCUAAACGCCUCCCAAGAAGUGGACUUCUCCACGCGCGAAAAAUUCUACGCUAUGGACGAUUCCCCACUGGAUCUCUUGUAUACGAAUACAGAGCCGGGAGAGCGUGUCUACGUCGACUUCGCCUCCAGGUUCAAGGACACCCCUCCAGAACUGCUAUAUCUAUGCGCCAUCGUUCAGGCAAUGACGGUCGUCUCAAGUUCGGAGUACUGGUACAUGCUCGAACACGCCGUACUCUCACCACGAGGUGAACUCUUCUUCCAGUAUGCGGUAUAUACUUCUCUCAGCAAUCCGUACGACUCUCUGCCCGUUUGCACGAGUUCCUUCGAGUCCGACUCCUGGGCAAUCGUCAAAUUCAUAUUUCCUUUCGACAUCGGGAACGUGGAAUCGUUGAAGCAAUGCGCUCUGGAUUUGCAAACUUUGGCUAAGAACGGAUCGCUCUCUCAGUUGAGGACGUACUUGGAACCUGCAUCGCAACAAACGAUGAUAAACGUGCAUCGUGAGGGGCAGAAGAAUAGCGAAGAUCUGCACCCUGCCUAUACUACGGACCUGGCCGCGGAAUGUGUCAGUCGAGGGAUGUGGGGUCUUGUGGAAGUUAUAAGUGAUGGUACGGGUGUGGAUGCUAGUACGCAAGACGAAGUCGUGGGCACUAUAGGGUAUUAUUGCCCCCGUUACGGACUGGUCAGUGCAGUGAAGAGAGACGAAAAAACCAAGCAGACUUAUUAUCGAGAAAUAAUCAGAUGGGUAAAGGAAGAUACAGAAGAGGAAGAUUCUUCGGAAGAUGAGGAAGAUUGA